AUGGAAGACAGCAUUAAUGACUUUGAGUUUGUUACUGGCAGUACUGCACACCUUACUGUCCCUGAUUCGCUUGGUAUUUAUAACAUUAAUCAAGUCGAACCUUAUAGCGACAAUACCUCUGUGUGUCCUAUCCCACCAGGCUCUCCCGCUUAUUCUUCCUCUAUGGCUAGUUCACCGAGAGAGUAUUCUCCGAAUCUUGUAAACGGUUCCCAAAAUGGCUUUCCGUUUCCUUAUCGUGAUGAUCCUGAGGAGGCUUCAACUCCUCAACUGUUAUAUACUUCUUUCGAUGGACCCAUUGACACAAAUAAUGGCAAAUGCCCGAUAGGCAAUGAAGAAGAUAAUGAUUAUCAUUCUAAUACAUCUUCAAAACGAUAUGCAAGAAAAUUAUUGAUUGCCACAGUAAUAUCAUCAUUCUUUUUUUCCUUGGAACUUUUCGGUGGUUGGAUUGCUGGGAGUUUGGCUCUGCUGAGUGAUUCGUUUCAUUUAUUAAGUGACAUAAUAAGUUUUGCUAUAUCACUUUUAUCUAUAUACCUUGCCCAGAAACCUGCUACUAGAUCACACUCGUAUGGCUAUCAUCGCGCUGAAAUUUUGGGUGCUCUUGCUUCGAUUCUUCUCAUAUGGAUUCUUACCGGAUAUUUAUGCGUUGAAGCCUAUGAUCGAAUACAAAAUCCAACAGAAGUGGAUGGUCCAACAAUGUGUAUUAUUGCUUCUAUAGCAGCUGUGCUUCAUGUUUUGGGCGAUCUUAUCUCAUCAUUAGGUGUUCUAAUUUCAUCAAUAGUAAUUACAAUUGAUUCAACUAAAUCAUGGGUUGAUCCGUUGUGUACAUUUUUCUUUUCUGCUCUCGUUAUGUUUUCAACGGUUGGAAUAUUGCGAAGUAGCUUAAGAGUUUUAAUGGAGGCUACUCCGUUACAUAUCGACGCAAAUGCUGUAAGGAGUGACUUAGAGAAUAUCCCUGGUACAACUCUCACUGCUCAUCUUCAGCUUCACCCAUAUGAUCCUGACACUCAAGAAGAACCGUUAAGGCCCACUGAUAUAUUAGCAAAAGCUAGGCAUAUGUUGAAAAAAGAAUAUGGUAUCCUCCAGGUGACUAUUCAAGUCGAAUAA